UUGAGCCUUUGAUCUUCCACUGGCAAAAGCACAAUCUUUGUGUAGGCCCCACAACAAUCCACCCUGCACGUCCUCUCCCCUCUCUAAUGACAAGAAAGCAUAGUUUGAUCAAAUCAAAAGCAGAAAAGUUUCUACCUUUUGCUUCGUAGGGUUGGUUUUUUGUGCCCUUCUCCUUUGUACCAAAUCAAAAUUCUAUCUCUUUAAUCAUUUUUCGUUAAAGGGGUUAUUCCAAUCUUGUGGAACCUCUCUGCAAAACCCCUUUUCUUGGAAAACCCAGAUGACAAUCAUCAUCUGUAAACCAUAAUUCUGUCCAAAAGCAGGGUUUUUUUGAAGUGGUUUGCUUCUAGGGUUUUUUUUGUUGAUCCUUAAUUCUUGUUGAUUCUAUGCAAAACCCCUUGUGUAACCACCAGAAUGAUGAAUCUUUGAAGUACCCACUUGGCCAUUUUCAACCAAGAAUUGGAUUCCUUUGAAGGUUUGAUUUUUCAUGCCCUUUUUUCCUUGAUGGGUUUCUUUGUACUUUUUUUUUUUUGAUCGAGCUUCUUUGUACUUACGUACCGAAAAAAAAUUUUACUUACCCAAAAAAGGGUUUCUUUGUACCAAAUCAAAAUUCUCCUCCUCUUUGAUCAUUGUUUGUUGAAGGGGUUAUCCUAAUUUUGUGAAACUUCUCUACAAAACCCCUUUUCUUGGAAAACCCAGAUGCCAAUCAUCAUCUUUAAAGCAUAAUUCAUUAAUUCUGUUCACAGACACGGCUUUUGGGGGUGUUUUGCUUGUAGGGUUUGUUUAUUUGAUCCUUAAUUCUUGUUGGUUCUAUGGAAAAAUCCUUGUGUGACCCCCAGAACGUUGAAUCUACGGAGUACCCACUUGGCCAAUUGUCACCAAGAAUUGGAUUUCUUUGAAGGUUUCUCUUAGGAGUUAUGCAUUUCAAUUUGAUUCAUUAGGCUGUUCAUGUUGCGUCAAAAAUUAUGGGUUGUGUCCAUGGCAAGUGUUGUGGCCGAUCCCCAAAAUCUUUAGAUGGGGAUAACGGCGAAUUUCAAGAUGGGGAUGACAGGGAAUUUCAAGAUUUGGGUAAAUAUACUUGCCAUGGAAAACAUAUACUUGCAAAUAGAUCAUUAGAUUUUGUUCUUGUUCCUUCUAAAAACUUCCGGUUGGAGUAUUCAGCCCUCACGCAACGAGGGUACUACCCAGAUGCACCUGAUAAAGAAAACCAAGAUAGUUUCUGUAUCAAAAAGAACAUUCAAGGCAACCCUAAUGUCCAUUUCUUUGGUGUGUUUGAUGGGCAUGGACAUUUCGGUACAGAAUGUUCAAAUUUCGUUAAGAAUAGGUUAAUUGAAAUUCUAUCCGGUGACCCGACAUUGUUAGAUGAUCCUGUUAAAGCUUAUAAUUCUGCAUUUUUAUCAACAAAUGAGGAACUGCAUAAUAGUGACAUAGACGAUUCGCUGAGUGGUACAACUGCAAUUACUGUUCUUGUUAUUGGGGAUAAGCUUUAUGUGGCGAAUGUGGGUGAUUCAAGAGCUGUAAUUGCCAGUAAGGAUGGGAAUCAGAUUAUUUCCAAAGAUCUGUCUCACGAUCAGACACCUUUUCGGGAAGAUGAAUGUGAGAGGGUGAAGCUUUGUGGGGCCAGGGUUUUGACUGUUGAUCAAGUGGAAGGAAAUAGCGAUCCGAGUAUCCAAACAUGGGGUGAUGAAGAGACUGAAGGUGCUGAUCCACCGAGGUUGUGGGUUCAAAAUGCGAUGUACCCCGGAACUGCAUUUACGCGGAGUGUAGGGGAUAGUGAAGCAGAGAGGAUUGGCGUUAUUGCACUUCCUGAGGUUUUAACAGUUCAGCUUACACCUAAUCAUCUGUUCUUUGUAGUCGCAAGUGAUGGCGUUUUCGAGUUCCUCUCAAGCCAAACUGUUGUGGAAAUGGUCUCAAGAUACACUGAUCCUCGAGAUGCAUGUUCCGCUAUUGCUGGAGAAUCAUACAAACAAUGGUUACAGCAUGAAACUCGGACAGAUGAUAUUACAAUCAUCAUUGUACACAUCAAAGAAUUGUCUAAUGCAGGUACCAACAUCUUUAAUGUAAGCGGUGGAGUUAAUACCCACCCUGCUGCUCUGAAGUUGGCAAGGGGAGGUUCUGAUACAUUUUUUACCCCUCCAGGGUCAGAGUUUUUCCGAUCAGUGAGAAGUGAUUUCUCUGAUAUGCAUUCUUUUCAGCAUAUCUCAACAGAUCUGAGCCCGGCAAUAGUCACCCCAUCUCCUGCACUUCCCAAGCCUUUAACAUUUGAUUGAGCCAGUGAAAGGCAUUUAGCAAGUUUCUUAAGUUGCCAUGUUUCAUUCAGUUUGUAACGGUAACCGGAGAUCAAAAAUUGGUGUAUGCUACGGAACAGAUGCCAUUAGGUCUGCUCGGACAAGAUCUUUUUAUUUAUUGAUCAUAGUAGCGCAUCCCAUAUCGCAGGGUAACUCUCUAACUUGUGACAACACUAAUCAUUAUAUGCGCAAAAAUGGUUUAGAUUGCUCAGAAGACAGAAGAAAUAGUUGCAGCCUUCUAACUCUCAAUCCACUUGGUUGCAUAGAUUACUGUACGAGUGAUGUAGACAAAGUAGGAAGGUGAAGACAUUUGUAAUUGUAUUAUUGCAUUUGCAAGUGGGAAGAGAACAGGUUUAUUAAGAUUUAGAUGUAAAAUUUCUUACUAUUUACUGCGUAAAUUCCUGAAGUGAUAAUUUCUCUCGUUCUUUUUC